UGUGUUUUUCUCUUCUUCUGGAGUAUAUUCCUGUUGUCUUUCCUCGUUUGGAUCGUCGAUUGUUUUUCAACCCCCUUUUUUUUCUUUCUUCUUCUUCUCCUUCUUAUUUUAAUAAUCCUGUUUUUUACUCUUGUGGCUGGCUCACUUGACUCACUUUCCCCCCCCCAACUGGUUUGGCGACGCUCAUACUCAUUCAUACUCAUAUCCUACAACCAUCAUCUUUGCAUAGCGGAAUCAAUUCAUUCGAGCGUAUCAUUCAACAACAAAACACAUUGGCCUGGUUUACCGAAGCGCCUUAAUAAGCAGCGUGGACUUAAUACAAAAAAGAAAGAUACCCCCAAGAGACAUCACACACACCGAUAUACAUAAUGACGGGACCGGGUUAUAUCACAAAGAGCGGUACCGCCCAACGGAUGGGACAGGGUGUAACCAAGAAUCGGAAGGCAACCCACACUGGCGGAGGACGUGCAUGGAGCGAGGCUGAGGAGCAUUACCUCGUUGAGACUCGCCUUCAAAAAGUACCUUACAAGCAGAUUGCCGUCCACCUUAAUAAGACGGAGCUCGCAUGUCGGCUGCACUAUCAUCAGAUCACCACCGGUCGACGGAAGGAGUCCAUCUCAGAGUCUUCUCCUGAGAUGGCUGUCCAGGGUUCCCUCUUGGCUGCUCCCCCGGUUCUCCCUCCGGCUUCACAGCUGCCGACCGAGCACGUCUCGAUGCACAGGAGGAACGAGAGCUACAGCUCGACGUCGUCGGGCGGCUCAGUCCAGCUCCCUAGCAUCGUCGACAACUGGGCAUUUCCCCAACUACCCAUCAUCUUGCCCAAGCCCGCGGCCAUGCCUGAUCCAAAUUCACAAUCUGUACCCCGAUACCGCGAGGAUCUAGUCUAUAUGGAACCUCAUCCUCAUGCCACUCAACACCAUGAGAUGCACGGAGGUUUCUCCCUGCCGUCCACCGCGACGCAGCCUCCCGCCCGUGUCGACGUCUCUCGUCUUCACGCCAUAUACAAUACCCACCGAGCUACUUUCUGGGACGCAGUGGCUAGAGAUUACGGCCUGAACGCGUCGCCUGACAUGUUGGAGACGGCGUGGAAGCUCAACCAGAGAGUAGCACAGCCCGCUAUGCCUCCCACACCCGCGACAAGUCCCAAAGUUGAGUUGAGGCGGGAUAGUAGCGCGGACAGGACGAGCAUUGCGUCUAUUCUGGGGACGAAUGCUCCUGCUACUCCCCCUGGUCAAUGGUAAAGAAACAUUUUGAAUAUAUAACCUUUUUCUUUUGUAGACCUGCUUUUAUUGGGAAAUGGGAAAUAUGUUUGGUGUUUGGCUCUUAUUCCUUGGCAUAGGAAUUAGCGGA